CCGAUAAAAUGACUCGGACAGGAAGUGCAGUAUGGUGGGGUAUAAGCUCUUACACCUUAAAAGCAUUACGUGCUAUGAUAAAUAGCCAGUAUUCAAAUAAUCCUUGCGAUAGUUCGACAGAUUUUGUUGAUUCAACUUUAAAGUGUCAGUUAAUAAAAACAUUGAAGAUUCUAAACUAAUUUUCGAAGAUUGUGAUUUGAUUAACUGUUACAAAUAUACAUUUAGACGCCAGCGACAUGGUGUUGCGUCACAUUUUUAAUAAUUAUCUAUUAAUUGCUAUUAUCAGUCUGAAUGCAAUUUUGAUCGCAGCUGUGCCUUCUGAGCUUAAAUUAAUUAAUGUGGUGUUCAGACAUGGCGAUCGGACACCGGAUAACAACGGUCGCGAAAUGUUCCCGAAUGAUCCGUAUAUAAAUUAUUCCUUCUAUCCGACAGGCCUCGGACAAUUGACCAUAGAGGGUAAAAAACACGAAUAUAGAUUGGGAAAAUUUUUACGCUCCAGAUACAAUGACUUUCUCGGUGGUUUAUACACGCCAAAUCUUGCUGUAGCUCGUAGCUCAGAUUUCGAAAGGACAAAAGUAUCUCUGCAACUUGUUCUCGCUAGCUUGUUCCCGCCGAAAAAUGUACAACGAUGGAAUCCCAUUUUAAAUUGGCAACCAAUUCCAACGUCAUAUACACCACGUAUUGAUGACAAUAUUAUUUUAGCCGAUGAGUGUCCGCAGUUCCUCGAAGAAUACGAUCGAAUACUGAGCUCACCCAAAGGGCAAGCAACGAUCGUCCAAUUCAAGGAACUGAUGGGUAACCUGACAAAAUUGACUGGUAAAAAGAUAAAGACAGUAGAGGAUCUUUACUAUCUCUAUCAGACUUUUGCAGCUGAGUCUUCCUUGGGAUUGCCUCUUCCCGAAUGGGCGUACGACUAUUUUCCUUAUGGAUCAUUGUUCGAUGGAAUUGUGGCCUCAUACAAUCUUAGUAACUUCACUCCUUUAAUAAGGAGGCUGUAUGCCGGCCCGAUGAUCCGUGCAAUGACGGACAACAUGAUAGCUACACAAAAUCCAACCGCUGCGUCGAAAACAAAGAUUUAUUUAUAUAGUGGUCACGAAACCAACAUCGCGGGUAUGUUGCAUGCGUUUGGCGUGUACAAGCCUCAUGUACCUGAGUAUUCAAGCGCUGUUAUCCUAGAGCUGCAGCAAAUCGGUCAGGAAUACUACGUAAAGCUCGUGUAUUAUCAAGGCAUUCCACCGACCGUCAAAGAGCUCAAAAUCCCAGGUUGUGACGUACUGUGUCCCUUCGACAAGUAUCUGGACCUAAUUGAGAACUUGAUCCCGUCCGACGAGGAGAUGAUUUGCGACAAGAGGCAGACUCCGAGUUACGCCGGUGUGGAGUAUCCUAUCGGCUUGCAGAAUAUCCUGGCGAACCUAAUUAAGAGAUCGCCAAUCGAGAAGAGUGCUCAGCCACGCGUGUCUUACUAAUUGACUAAUAAAUAAGUCGUAAAGAUUGUGAAUGCUUGCCCUUUGUGCUAUGAAUAUUGCAAUAUUUUCUCCAUGGAAUCGUUUCUUUUCAUGUUUAUUUAUUCAAAUGCCAUUAAAUAUAUGUACUGAAACAUUGCAAAAUAACUAGAAUAAGAAUAUAUCACGUUUUAUAAAAAGUA